AAGUUGAUCUUUUUUCUUUCUUUCGUUUAUCUCUGAAGCUGUUGCCUGUGAACGCGAAGUGUGGUUGAAAUUUUUCUUUUAUUUUCAAUUCAAUAAAAAACACUUUAAAUUUCAACAUAUAAAUGAUACUUUUACUUCUAUUAUUCAUUUAAAUAAGUGUGUGGAUAUCGAACUUUUUUCAUAUUGGUAUUCAUGCUUUUUUUUUUGACGUUUGAUUAGACUGCACGUGUUUUUUUUUCUCCUUUUUGGUUGACAUUUUUCUUUUCGUUAUUUUAAGCAAAAUCUAAAAUGACAGAAUUUAUUAGUUCUCAACGAGGUGAAACAAAAAUGCUUCAUGAAGGCUAUAUUUAUUCGAAGCAUCGAGCUGAUCGAAUUAAAACAAUUUGGCGAUGUGAAAAGUAUCAAUCGUAUGAUAAAUGCCGUUCAAGGGCCAUAUCGCUUAAUUCAGUUGAAGUUGAAGUUGUUGUACUUGCUGAGCAUAAUCAUGAUCCAAAUCCAACCUUAUGUGAAAAGGCUAAAUGGAUGGAGACAUUGAAAAAAGAAGCAAAAAACUCUACAGAAUCUACAAGAAAGAUUAGUUUAAGGCUAUUGGCAGCUGCUCCCGAAUCAGUAUUGGCUCAUGUUCCAUUUUUGGAGUCAAUGCAAAAGACAGUAUUGAGAGCACGGAAGGGUAGAUAUAAAGGCACGACUUCGGUUUGUCAAAUUAAACCCAAGAUGAAGAUGCUGGCGGAACAGAAAUAUGUGGAAAUAAAAAACGAAAAGCUAGAGGAUUCAGAGUGAAACAUAAUGCAUGUACAAUGUACAUAACGAUAUAUACAU